CCAGAACCCCUGUGACUACAAUAAACACACAUUCUUUCAUUUUAUGUUCUGAAAUUUAGCGGUGAAGGCACGAAUAAAAGCUCACGCUCACGAGCCCUGGCAACCCUUGCGCCAGCACACCACACACACACACACCCGCCGUUGUCUGAGGUAGGUCAGGCUUCAGACGUGCAGCUUCACUAGUCACCCCUGCGGCUUCUCCACACGCAUGAAGCUCAACUGCUUGCAAGAGACGCACGACUGUCAGAGAAAUCUGAUAAAUUGGAUGAACUUACAACAGCGACUUUCCUCCUGCUCCUUUGAUACAUUAUCUAAGUUUUAAUACUGACAAUACUGGUUGAAGAAAAGCUUGGCACAACUCCACCAACAGACCUGGAGUGAGGGUGAAGUGAAUAAGAAGAGCAAUAAUGUGGGUGCACACCAGAAGGGUGAUAUCCCGGGUGCCCAGUGGCCUGUGCUUUACUGCCACGCUCACACCCAAGGCUAGCAACAACUCCACAAUAAACUCUCUUUGGCAUGCCACAGGUUGUUGUCUCACCAAACCCCACUUUGGUGGUGCCUCAAGGAGCUGCUCCACUCCUCCUCCAUGUCAGGGACUUUCACUCAAGAAAGUUUUCAAGAAAUGUUGAGUUCUUCACUGCCAAUGAUGUGCCACUUCCCAAAAAUACAAAGCAGGUUGCCUCGACCCUGAGCAAUCAUGAGCGGCCACUGACACUGCUCUUCUGCUGGCUGAUGGCCAAAGAGCGUCAUGUCAGAAAGUAUGCACAGUUCUACACAAACAUGGGUAUUGAUGUCCUCAAAGUUAGGAUAUCGCCAUUUGACCUCUUGCGACCCACUAAGGGGUCUCAGGUUGCUGCAGAGCAGGUGCUGGAGUUUCUGCAUGCCAACCCUACGCACAGCCCACUACUGGUUCAUGGGCUGAGUGUGGGUGGAUACCUCUUCAUGGAAGUAUUGAACAAGAUUGAUGAUGAUAUGGAGAAACACGGACACCUACUGAACCGCUUUGUAGGACAGAUCUGGGACAGUGGUGUAGACAUUUAUGGCAUCCCUGAUGGAGUGCCCCGGGCCAUCACCAAUAAUGUCAGCCUCCAGAGGAAUAUCAAGAAGUACCUCUUAUGGCACCUGAAAGUCAACUACAAUACCGCCACUGUCCACUAUGAACGUGCUAGUAGGAAGAUGCAUGAAAACUUUUUGGGUGUCCCAGGCCUCUUCUUCUUCUCCAAUAAUGAUCCUGUGUCCACCCCUGAAAUGAAUGCUCUUGUCUACAAGAAGUGGGAAGCCAAUAACAUUCCAGUAUACACAAGGUGCUGGAAGGACUCAGUGCAUGUGAGUCACUACUUGAAACACCGCAAGGAGUAUGAGGCAGAGGUGGUGGCCUUCAUGGAGCGUGUUGGCAUGAUUGAGCCGUCCAGACAGCGCGCAACAUCUCUCUGAGGCAGCACCACCACCAACACUAUGCCCCCUCAAUGAUUUUGUAACCUGUUUCUAGUUGCUGUAGAACAUUCACACAACCUAUCACAUCACUUCAGCUUCCUUAAUUUGUUUGUUAGAAUUCAUAUACUGGUCUCUUGUUUCUUCUAUAACAAGGAAGCAUUUGUACCAAAAAGUUUUAUUAAUUGUUAAAGUUGAAAUAUUCAUUCACCUAGCUCAUGCUGUAUGAUAAGCAUCACAGAAAUGACCUCAGAUGAUACCCUGAUACAAGUUUCAGUGGUCCAUCUGGGCAUUUAAGUAUGGAUUUCUACUAUAUGUAGCAAUAAUUGUAGUUAUUAUACAGUGCUGCCUCAGUGCUAAUACCUUGUUAUUCAGUCACUGGUUCACAGCAGAGGGAUCAAAGGCCAGAAAUUAGGAACAAGCUGCUGAGGAAUUCACUACAUAUGACAAAGUUUCCCCUUCACUCUCGCCAUCCCUACUAUUCCUUUCUUUAGAAUAUGAAACUCACACCAACUUGAGCCUUUAUCAGUGAAUAAAAGACAAAAUUCCAUUAAUAACUGUAAUUUAUAAGCUGCCGCUCUGUGUGUGUAUUCUGAGGUUUGUCUAGUAUAGAAAAUACAAAUCUUAAUAUUAGACCAUAAUUAUAAUACUGUUUUGCUUUCCUUUCCUGUAAACACCUUACAAGGGUCAUGAUGGUUUAUAUUUGUCAAGGCAAAGCCAUACACAUAAAUGUUGUAGGCAAUAAAUUAAGGGUUUC